AUGUCUGAAGAGCAAAUCAGGAAGCAAAUUGUGUCACAACAAAUCUUUAUACCAUCGUCACCGCAGGACAUGUUCAAAUAUUUGUUGGACCCGCGACCCGACUCCCCAUCGAGGAGAAUAUGUGUGCAAGGGGAGGACGUGGUAGUAUUGGUAUACGUUAAAACGUUAACAGAGAUUAAAGAAAUGGAAAUAUUCAGUUCGAACACACCAGUACUUGAAAUAGUCAAAGACUAUAAUAUCGAACACUCAAACUCACUUUCUGAAGAAAAAGCUAGAAAGUGCUCUCUUGAGAACACCAAGAGUGUGUUAACAAAUGACAGACACUUGUUACUCUCACAAAAUUGGAUGGACUUUUUGGCGUCAUUGCCUCAAACGACGCGGUCCCCAUUUGUCGACCCCGUGUUCUUUGUGUUAGAUGACUUCUCUUUUUGUUAUUUAAUAUUUCAAAACAUUGGGGUAUGUGAAAGUGACUUAGAUGUUGAACUCUAUUUGAGGUCGACCAUUCAUCUUUCUAACGUUGAAGAGAAGUAUCAAAAUUACAGAGACACGUUACUCCCUUUGUCACAACCAAAAGGCGCGUUGAUUCAAUUUGCCGUUGGUAUCACCGUGAUCGACCCAAUCAAAAUCACUUCAAAGACAAAGAGCAAUUCAGCCGGGUCGUUUAUCAUCAUUACACUUGAGAAUACGUGCCAAUACGAUAUAAAAAUAUCAAACCUCAUGUUGACGUGCCAAUACGCUUUAGACAAACCGUUUCUCCAAUUGCCUUGCGAAUUGAAAGGAAAGGAUAUGUACACCUUUGUAAUCCCCGUCAGAAUCCCCGUCUUCUUCUCAACAGAUUUGGCAACGGACUCAAAGAAGGCAAAACCUCCAUCAAAGCCUUUACCCCCACCAAAACAAGUCAGUUUCAAUAAGUCACCUUCGCCGAUGAUUAACAGUGAGCGCAACUCAAUGGAUAUCAAAAGAAGUUCAAAGAUCUUUGGGAAAUUCUCGACUAAACCUGAAAACAAAUACAGAUUCUCUGGAGAGACUUCUCCAUUUGCAGAUAUCCCAGAAGACAGAGGAGAUAAGGCGGGGAAGAGGUCUUCAAUGUUGUGUACCAAAUUGAGCGAUCAAGACUUGGUUCCUCAAUCGAAGAGAAGAAAUUCAAUAUCAAGUUUCCAAGGCAUUGGAAUCUCAGUUGGACUCACGUUGACUUAUGCGAUGUCUGGAAUGAUGGGGGAACUGUAUGUAUCCAGAGAGCUCAGGUCGGAAAUGCCGAAGUAUCAGUCAAUCACUAUGCGAAUUUCAUUUCCCGAGAAAAUAAGAUGCCACCGAGUUUUCUGUGUUAUAUUUGAAUUGAUAUAUCAGUGUACAACAGAAAAACAUUUGACAAUGUCGAUAACUAGUGUUGAUAGUAUACAGUCGCCCGUAUAUUGUCUCCACCCAACGAUCGAUAUUGGUGUAUUCUCUAACCCAUGCACAUCAUCGAUUUCUGUAGAAUUCUUAUCCAACAAGUCGGGACUCUUCCCAUUUGGCCCGAUUCAACUGAAAGCAGUCAACACGGGGGAAAUAUUCAAAAUGAGCGAGAAUUGCCAAAUUUUAAUUGAGCCAUAA